AUGUUUAAUAAUAUUAAGAGAAACUUGACCAUCUUUAACAAAGACAUUGUUGAAACAUCUUGGUUGAAAAGCUUAAUUGAUGAUGUUCCUAAGGCAAAACACAUAUAAGUAGUGUUUAUACAUUAUUAUGAUAUAGAUACUGCAUAAAUGUCUUUCAGGAGAAUACACUAAUGUUGAUCCCAAAGUAGCACUUCGAAAGAUUUCAUAAAGAUUGUAACAUUCUCAAAAACCUUUAAAUGCCCUUAAAUCUCUAUAUAUGACACACCUAUUAAAUAAGUUUUUGAUAACUUAAUUGACGGAUAAACUAAUUGACCAAUAAUCCAAAGAUCCAGCAGAAGUCUUAAUGGUAUCUGUAGCACAUUUAUAUUAUUCUUAUCUUAAAUCAUAAAAAAAUGCAUUUGAGAAGAUAGAUAGCAUUUUUAAAAUGAAUAGAUAACUUGAAGUUUUAAUGCUGAAAACUAAUAUUCCGAUAUUAAAAGAAAUAAUAACUCUCCUUAUUAUAGAUAUUAUAACAAUAUAUGAAUCUAUUGAUGUAAAGGAUGACUAUGAAAAAAGAAUUAGAGCAAUGAAACAAGUUAGAAGAUUUGUUGAUUUAAAAGGAUAUUUAUAAAUGAAUUAAGAAUUAUAAAAUAAACUGAACACCCUUAAUUUCUCAGAUAUUAAGUAACAUAAAUAUAUUGAAAGUAAAAUUUGUAAAACUAUUCCAAUCUCAUAAGAAAUUGAAAUACAUCAAAUUGAAUUCAAUAGAAAACAACUCUCAAUAUAAGUCAAUGAUAGUACUUAAUUUGAAACUUAUAAUUCGUGUCAAGGACAUGCAUAGGAAAGAAAAAUGAGUCUAUAAACUGGAACAAUAAUAAACUAAAAAGGGAUUGUUUAAUCAAAUACAACUAGAGCUUCAUCUAUUAAAGAUAAUUUCUUUGUCCCUAAAUAAGGACCAUUAUCUUUUUUGAUUCCAAGCUGA